AUGGGAAGCGAAUCAAUGAGGCACUUGUCUCUAAAAAACAAACUCAAAUCAACGCUUUGCAUCACCGGUUGUUUCCGCACGACCAAUCACNACCGCGACAUUCCCGACCGGCCAUCAUCGUCUCCGGUGACUCCCUCGGAGAGCCCACGUAACGGAAUCAAGACCAAAUCUCCUAGACUCACUAGGACAUUGUCCAAAUCCCAUGAAAAAUGUCGUAGUCUUAUCAAUCGUAUUGGCGGCGGAGUCGUUCCCGGACCCGGGAAACAUAUCCGCCGCCACACGACGGAUUUUCAUUAUGAUCCGUCAAGCUACGCCCUUAACUUUGACAGAGGUGACGAAGACGAUAAUGUCAACCGUUUUCCGCUACGAAACUUCUCAGCUAGGCUUCCUCGUUCGCCGCCGUCCUCAGCCAACCCUACCGAAUCGUCUUUUACGGUUCAAAACCUUGUGCGGUGA